AACAACACCAAUAACAUCUUAAAACACACCUUAUAACGGUUGAAAUCUUUGCCUCCUCAAGAUUUUGUCCACUCUACAAGUGCGUAGUCUCAACCAAUUCUUAAUAGCAAAAUUCCAAUAUCAUCGUUUGAUCAUUUAAUUAUAUAUAAUUCUUUUGAAUGUUAUCAUCUCCAAGUGCUUCAUCUUCACCUAAGGGACUUGAAGUUUAUAAUUUCAAUUCACUGUUGGAAUCUUCAACACUCUCUCCCAGAGGAAGUUGUGUUAGUUCGGAUGCAGAGUUUGUUCAUCACUUGAUUCAACAACAUUUGGAUAUUAGUUCUCCCUCCACACCAUCAAGUCACCAUCAACAGCAAGCAACAACGAGACAGAGAGCUUCCUCUCUUCAGCCACUCCCUCAGAAACCUUCCUAUAUUCCACUCUCUCCAUCUCAUCAGCAUUUUCAUCUGCUGAUGAGUGGUAGACAACAACAGCCCAAUACUCUGCCACCUAUUGAGGUAAACUCUCCAACCUCUAAACAAUCCUCUUGCUUUGAUAAUGGAGGGUUAUUCCAGAAGAAACCUCUUCAAAUGCACUCUGCUAAUCCUCAAACAAUGAUUAAGGAAAAACUCAAAUUUCAAUUGCUAGAUGUUCAAAAGGCAAAUUGCAACACAACCACAAUGAGACAAUCACUUUCUGCAGACAAUUUCAACGCCAAACAGACAAUGCCACUCACUGCAAGAAAUAAGAAGGCUGAUAAGGAGUGGGAUAAUCAAAAACUUGUUUGUUCACCUCCAACUGUUACUAGUAGUUGGGUAGCUCCAUUAAAAGAUAAACACUCGCCUGAUGGAUCACCAACUACUAAUCAAACCAAUACAUUUCACAGAUGGAAUCAACGUAUGGAUAAAAAGUUGAGAGAUUUAGAGUUUCACUAUUCUGGUGGUCCUACCAGAGUUUGUCAUAUGAAAUAUCUCAAUGAUCCCAAUACAGAAGUGAGACUUCCAUUCAAGAUUGACACGGAAAUGCCUUCUGAGAUUGUGGCUGAAGUGAAACAACCACAAAAGAAAAAGAAGAAAGAUAAGGCUAGGUUGAUUGAAAAGAAAUUAGAAAAAUCCAAAAUGGAAACUCAAAAAGCAUUGGAAGAGAUGGAGAGAAAACGAGAGCAAUUGGAAUUUUUACAUCUUUUAGCCACUAGGUCUGUAGACUAAAGUUGAAAUUUGCCAGUAUUGAACUGGCUUUGAGAAACUCAAAGAUACGGUCGGUAAUUUGUUCUAAGAGAAUAUUCAUCACUCAAAGAACCAUGCACAAAAUGCUUGCUCAUAGUUCGAGCAAAAUUAAUUUGUACAAAUUUGAAAGAAAAUUGUCUAAGUCGUAAAAAAAGUCAAUUUACUCGCAACAAAAUCGAUUCAAAGUUCACUGGUCACGACAAUCAACCCACAAUCGAUUCAAAGUCGAUCCAAUUCUUGUUUUAAUUGCUUGCACAGUGUGGAACUAUUAUCAAAUAGAUUUCUAAAGAACUUGGAGAGAAAUAAAGGGGUACACAUUAAAAAA